GCCGCGGGGCUGCUACAGAUCCACACGAGAGCGCGCAGGAGCCUCACACACACUCAUUAGUACACUUGAAGAGGUGUGCUUCAGUGUUUGAGCGUUUCAUUGAGCAGAUUCCCGUUCGGAUGAGGCUCGGUUCGAGCGGAAAAAGCGGCGGCGGGCUUUGAUGAGGAUGAGGAUGAUGAAGAGCGCGAGACACCUGUGAUCACGUUCAGCGUCAGUCACUGAGAUAGAGCAGAGGAAGCUGAUCUGGACUGGGAUCAGGUCUGUGGUGGUUAACUGCGGCACGCUUCAGGAAAAGGAGGAGAAACACCAGGGUUCAGCUCCAGCAGCACUAUGACCGAUGGAGAUUACGACUAUCUGAUUAAACUCCUGGCUCUCGGAGACUCCGGAGUGGGCAAGACCACCUUUCUCUACCGCUACACCGACAACAAGUUCAACCCCAAAUUCAUCACCACCGUGGGCAUCGAUUUCAGGGAAAAGAGAGUGGUUUAUACGACGAACAGCUCCAAUGGAACGACCGGAAAGACGUUUAAGGUUCACCUGCAGCUCUGGGACACGGCGGGACAGGAGAGGUUUAGGAGUUUGACCACGGCCUUCUUCAGGGAUGCCAUGGGUUUCCUGCUCAUGUUCGAUCUGACCAGUCAGCAGAGCUUCCUCAACGUCAGGAACUGGAUGAGUCAGCUCCAGGCAAAUGCGUAUUGUGAGAAUCCAGAUAUUGUUCUCGUGGGUAAUAAAGCCGAUCUGAACGACCAGAGAGAAGUCCAGGAGAAACAAGCGAAGGAACUAGCGGACAAGUAUGGAAUUCCCUACUUCGAGACGAGUGCGGCGACCGGCGCUGAGGUGGAUAAAGCCGUGGUGAUGCUGCUGGAUCUGGUUAUGAAGAGGAUGGAGCAGUGUGUGGACAAACCUGCGGUGGACACACACAACACUGAUGGAAGCAGCAAAUUGGACGCCGCGGCGGGAAACGAGAAGAAGUGUGCGUGUUAAAGCAGCGGCACCCAUCCGGAUGUGUUACUGAUAUGUGUGGACAUUGUGUUUUCCCCCCGGAGAGCUGUGUUACUGCCUCGUGGUCUUUAACAAACCUCGUCCAGAUUUAGCCCAGAUUAUUACUGUCAGCAAAUGCAUCUGAAAUAUUCAAAUAGAAUAGAGAUCUUAGGUCAGAAACUCAGACUGAAAUCCUGAUGCAAACUCUCAUCAUC